CAGCUGGAGGAGGAGUAUGAGGACAAGCAGAAGGUGCUGAGAGAGAAACGGGAGCUGGAGAGCAAGUUAUCCGCUGUCAGUGAGCAGGCCAACCAGCGGGACUUUGAGACGGAGAAACGCCUGCGCCGCGACCUGAAGAGGACGAAGGCGCUGCUGGCAGACGCACAGAUCAUGCUGGACCACCUGAAGAACAACGCGCCCAGCAAGAGGGAGAUCGCCCAGCUCAAGAACCAGCUGGAGGAGUCGGAGUUCACCUGCGCAGCCGCCGUCAAGGCCCGCAAGUCGAUGGAGGUGGAGAUCGAAGACCUCCACCUGCAGAUCGACGACCUCGCCAAGGCAAAGGCAGCACUGGAGGAGCAGCUGAGCCGGCUGCAGCGGGAGAAGAACGAGGUGCAGAGUCGGCUGGAGGAGGACCAGGAGGACAUGAAUGAGCUGAUGAAGAAGCACAAGGCAGCUGUGGCCCAGGCAUCCCGGGACCUGGCACAGAUGAACGACCUCCAGGCACAGCUGGAGGAGGUCAGCAAGGAGAAGCAGGAGCUGCAGGAGAAGCUGCAAGGCCUGCAGAGCCAGCUGGAGUUCCUGGAGCAAUCUAUGGUGGACAAAUCCCUGGUGAGCCGGCAAGAGGCCAAGAUCCGUGAGCUGGAGACCAGGCUGGAGUUCGAGCGGACGCAAGUCAAGCGCUUGGAGAGCCUGGCCACGCGGCUGAAGGAGAACAUGGAGAAGCUGACGGAGGAGCGGGAUCAGCGCGCGGCCGCCGAGAACAGGGAGAAGGAGCAGAACAAGCGCCUGCCGCGGGCGGCCCCCCGCGCCACAGGCGAGCUGGCCAAGAAGGAAGCGGAGGCCAGCCGCAAGAAGCACGAGCUGGAGAUGGACCUGGAAAGCCUGGAAGCUGCCAACCAGAGCCUGCAGUCAGACCUGAAGCUGGCCUUCAAGCGCAUCGGGGACCUGCAGGCGGCUAUCGAGGACGAGAUGGAGAGCGACAGCAACGAGGACCUCAUCAACAGUGACGGAGACUCGGACGUGGACUCGGAGCUGGAGGAGCGCGUGGACGGGGUGAAGUCCUGGCUCUCCAAGAACAAAGGCUCCUCCAAAGCACUCUCGGAUGACGGCAGCCUGAAGGGCAGCAG